CCAAAAGUCUCAGCCUUCACUUACAGAUUCGCCGUAAAACUUGUCUUCGUCUAUCUUUGUAGCUUUUUUUCUCGAUUAGUCUCUGAUCAUGGCGUUGAACACCGGAAUCAGAUCUGUCUCAAAGAUCAUAGCUUCAUCCGAAUCAUCAAUCUCCAGAUCUGUGAGCAGAAGCUUCCACUCGACUGGAGCAAAGAAGAUGAGCGGAGGACAUGGGCAUGACGAGCCUUACUACCUCCACGCUAAGCACAUGUACAAUUUGGACCGCAUGAAGUACCAAGGUCUCAAGAUGUCUCUCGGUGUCUUCACCGCUUUCAGCAUCGGUGUUGGUGUUCCCAUCUUUGCUGUUGUCUUCCAGCAGAGGAAGACCGCUUCUGGUUAACGAGUCUUUCUCUCUCAUGGCGCUUCUCUUGUUCCUCUUAUUGAAUAAUUUUUAUGAUUUUCUCAAAACUUUUGCUUGUGCAAGAGAAAGUUUCUUGCUUCUUUUGAAAUCUUAUACAAAGUCUUACCGUUAUGGUAAAAAGUAUAUUUUGUCUCUGUUUCUUCGUAUCAUUUGUUGGCUGUUUUGACGCUGAAAUAAUGAAAAUCUGAUAUUGAUA